GCGGGCGAAGGGCCCGGGGCCUUCGGCAGCGGAAGAGGCCGCUGAGCGGGCGAGCCCCAUGGUGGUGGCCUGUAGGAGCUGCAGACCCACUCGCUCCGGCCUCCCUUGCAGGCCCCGACCCCUUGGGACUUUGCGCGGCAAAGGUCAGGCCCGCCAUCACCCCAGCCCAGGCCUAGUAGCUUCCAGGAGGCGCGUGCGGGACAGAGGCCCUGCCGGGAAGCUGGCCCCCAGCCCCAUGCAGUCCUGCCUGUUGGAGGUGUGGAAACGGCUCGGGCGCUUGGGGACCUCGUGGAAAUGAGCACAGCUCUGGUGUUACAAGGUGGCGGCCCUCCUGGGCAGCGGGUUUCCUCCUGAGAACUGGCCUUCAAGACUUACGUGUCUGUUGUCGGUCAGAACAGGUGUUAGGCUCAAAAGCUACUACGGGGAGAUUGGGACAGAGUCCCACAGAGUCAGCAUCAGCUUUGGAGGUCAAGAACUGCAUGAACCUGCCCCCGGAUAAGGUGCAGCUGCUGAGCCAGUACGAUGACGAGAAGAAGUGGGAGCUCAUCUGCGACCAGGGCAGCUCUGCCCGGCCCGCUGCCCACCUGUCCACCUCCGCAGGAGCGGUUUCAAGUCAAGAACCCCCCCGAAGCCUACAUCCAGAAACUGAAGAGCUACCUCGAUGUUGGGGGGGUCGGCCGCAAGGUCGCAGCGGACUGGAUGUCCAACCUGGGGUUUAAGAGGCGCAGCCAGGAGUCCACGCAGGUGCUUCGGGAGCUGGAGACCUCCCUGAGGACCAACCACAUUGGGUGGGUGCAGGAGUUCCUCAACAAGGAGAACCGUGGCCUGGAUGUGCUCCUCGAGUACUUGGCCUUUGCUCAGUGCUCUGUCACGUACGACGUGGAGAGUACGGACAGUGGGGAGAAGAGCGAGAAGAGCAAGCCCCUGGAGCAGUCGGUGGAGGACCUCAGCAAGGGGCCGCCCCCCUCGGUGGCACGGAGUCGCCACCUGACCGUCAGGUGUCCCCCUUCUCCCCGGCUGACCCCCGUGCACAGCAGGAAGACGCUGCGAGGUUCGCGCCUCGUCAGCCAGAAGGACGACGUCCACGUGUGCAUCAUGUGCCUGCGCGCCAUCAUGAACUACCAGUCUGGCUUCAGCCUCGUCAUGAACCAUCCAGCCUGCGUCAACGAGAUCGCGCUGAGCCUCAACAACAACAGCCCCAGAACCAAGGCUCUCGUGCUGGAGCUCCUGGCAGCCGUGUGCCUGGUGCGGGGAGGGCACGACAUCAUCCUCUCGGCGUUCGACAACUUCAAAGAGGUGUGCGGGGAGCAGCACCGCUUUGAAAGGCUGAUGGAAUAUUUCCACAAGGAGGACAGCAACAUCGACUUCAUGGUGGCCUGCAUGCAGUUCAUCAACAUCGUGGUGCACUCGGUGGAGAACAUGAACUUCCGAGUCUUCCUGCAAUACGAGUUCACGAACCUGGGCCUGGACCUGGACCUGGAGAGGCUCCGGCUCACGGAGAGCGACAAGCUGCGGGUGCAGAUCCAGGCCUACCUGGACAAUGUCUUCGACGUAAGCGCGCUGCUAGAGGACACGGAAACCAAGAACGCCCUGCUGGAGCACAUGGAAGAGCUGCAGGAGCAAACGACGCAGCUGACGGAGCGGCUGCGGGACGCGGAGAACGAGUCCAUGGCCAAGAUCGCCGAGCUGGAGAAGCAGCUGAGCCAGGCGCGCAAGGAGCUGGAGACGCGGCGGGAGCGGGUGGGCGAGGCGCUCCCCGCGCACGCGCCUUCGGCGCUGGAGCUGAAGCUGGGGGAGCUGGAGGCGCAGGGGCUUCUGCAGGUUGCUGCAACUCUCGGGGCGCCGGCCGGGCCCCCCCGCCCAGAGUCGUCGCCAGGAGCAGCGCGGACCCCGCCGCUGCCGCUGCCGCCACCCGGACCCCCUCCCCCGCCGGAAGCGCCGCCUCUCCCGGGAGGCCCGGAGCCCCCGCCCGCGCCGCCUCUGCCCCCUCCCGUGACCGAGGGGCUGGUGCCGCCGCCGCCCCCGCCGCCGCCGCCGCCCCCGCCCCCUCCCGUGACCGAGGGGCUGGUGCCGCCGCCGCCACCGCCUCCUGGAAGCCUCCCGGACGCCCCGGGUGGGCCGGGUGCAGAGACCGGCCUGGGCGUGAAGGCCAGGAAGCCCGUGCAGACCAAGUUCCGGAUGCCGCUGCUGAACUGGGUGGCUCUGAACCCCAGCCAGAUCUCCGGCACCGUCUUCACUGAGCUUGACGACGAGAAGGUGCUGCAGGAACUGGACAUGAGUGACUUCGAGGAGCAGUUCAAGACCAAGUCGCAGGGUCCUAGCCUGGACCUCAGCGCCCUUAAGGGUAGAGCCACACAGAAGGGUCCUAGCCAGGCCACGCUCAUUGAGGCCAACCGGGCCAAGAACCUGGCCAUCACCCUGCGCAAGGGCAACCUGGGUGCCGACCGCAUCUGCCAGGCCAUUGAGACGUACGACCUGCAGGCUCUGGGGCUGGACUUCCUGGAGCUGCUGACCCGCUUCCUGCCCACGGAGUAUGAGCGCAGCCUCAUUGCCCGCUUUGAGCGGGAGCGGCGGCCGCUGGAGGAGCUGUCGGAGGAAGACUGCUUCAUGCUGCGCUUCAGCCGCAUCCCUCGCCUGCCUGAGCGCAUGGCCACGCUCAGCUUCCUGGGCAGCUUCCUGGACACGGCCCAGCUGCUCAUGCCGCAGUUGAACGCUGUCAUCGCGGCCUCCAUGUCUAUCAAGUCCUCCGACAAACUACGCCAGAUUCUGGAGAUCGUCCUGGCCUUUGGUAACUACAUGAACAGCAGCAAGCGAGGGGCAGCCUAUGGCUUCCGGCUGCAGAGCCUGGACACGUUGCUGGAGAUGAAGUCCACGGAUCGCAAGCAGACACUGCUGCAUUACCUGGUGAAGGUCAUUGGCGAGAAGUACCCGCAGCUGUCCUGCUUCCACAGCGACCUGCACUUCCUGGACAAGGCGGGCACAGUGUCCCUGGACAGCGUCCUAGCUGAUGUGCGCAGCCUGCAGCGGGGCCUGGAGGUGGCGCAGCGGGAGUUUGUGCGGCAGGAUGACUGCACGGUGCUCAAGGAGUUCCUGAGGGCCAACUCGCCCACCAUGGAUAAGCUGCUGGCUGACAGCAGGACGGCACAGGAGGCCUAUGACUCCGUGGUGGAGUACUUCGGAGAGAACCCCAAGACCACGCCCCCCGCCGUGUUCUUCUGCCUCUUCAGCCGCUUCACCAAAGCCUACAAGAAAGCAGAGCAGGAGGUGGAGCAGUGGAAGAAAGCAGCGGCUGCACAGGAGGCGGGGCUGGACACCCCAGGCCGGGGAGAGGCCCCUGUGCCCAAGUCUCCACCCAGGGCGCGGCGCCAGCAGAUGGACCUCAUUUCAGAGCUGAAGCGGAAGCAGCAGAAGGAGCCGCUCGUCUACGAGAGUGACCGUGACGGUGCCAUCGAGGACAUCAUCACAGAUCUACGGAAUCAGCCCUACAUCCGUGCGGACACGGGUCGACGCAGUGCUCGCCGUCGUCCCCCGGUUCCGCCCCUGCAAGUCACCGCUGACCUCGCCCUGUAGAUGCCCGGUUGCAGGUAGAUGCUGAGGGCUGGGGGCUUGAGGACGGCUGUAACCUCAAACGCUGCUCAAGCAUCUCAGCCCUGAGACAGCCAUACUCAGCAGGAGCCUGGCCUGUGACUUUCAAGGCCAUGUUGCCGGCCUGGGCCCCUGACCCCAGGACUCUCCCUGAACCUUAUUUUUAUAAGAGAUUAAUAAAGGUGUUUGCAUAAUACCCAGGUCUGCA